AUGUCUGGUACUUUACAAAGACGCCGUGGAGGUGGAUCCAAGUUAACUGCCAAUGCUAGAAACUCUGAAGAUGCUCCGGGCUCCCCCACCACUUCCUCCCCAAACACUGAGACCGUCGGGCACAAAAUUGGCUAUGAUGAAAGAGAUAUCCACGACCGUAAAGAAUUAAACUUACCACUUCUCACUUUAAUGGAAGAAGUCUUAUUAAUGGGUCUCAAGGAUAAGGAAGGUUACCUUUCCUUCUGGAACGAUAAUAUCAGUUACGCUCUCCGUGGAUGUAUUCUCUUGGAAUUGGCGUUCCGUAACCGUAUUUCCUUGGUGAAUGAUCCUGCCCGUAGACGUUUUGAACUUUCUGAUCGUCUUAUUGAAGUGAUUGACCCAGAACCUACUGGUGAAGUUCUUCUUGAUGAAGCACUCAAAAUCAUGAAGAAUGAUGAACUGAACCUCAGUGUCACAAACUGGAUAGACUUGCUUUCCGGUGAAGCCUGGACCUUGAUGAAGAUCAAUUAUCAACUUAAACAAGUUAGAGAACGUUUGGCCAAGGGCCUUGUUGACAAGGGAGUCUUGAGAACUGAACGUAAGAACUUUUUCCUCUUUGAUAUGGCUACCCAUCCAGUUGCUGACAAGAUGUCCAAAGAAUUCAUUAAGAGCAGAAUAUUGAACUUGCUCGUAGCGAGAAAUGUUGAUUUGGAAACUUCCAAUGUCAAUGAUCAAUUCCCACGUGAAACUCUGUUCAAGUACCUUCGUUCUAUAGCACUUGUAUGCGGUUCAUACGCUGCCAACGUUUUGGAAAACGUCUUAAUAUCGCUCAAUUAUGACAAGAGAGACCAAGCAUUUGCUCGUGCUGAUGAGAUUUUGAACGAUUAUAGUGAGUUCCCAUUCAACACAAAGUCUGCAUCCAGUCCUUUAGGAUUAGGCUUGAACUUAUCAUCUGAAGUUACACAAGAGAUCGAAAAGAGUUCUGCUAGUGACUUGCAAUUAGAAUUGAUUGCAGCAGUGUUGAGUGUCUUUGCAAGAAUGGACUCAAUUUUGUAG